CAUUCCAGUUAAAAUAUGGGAGAGAAAUUAUCCCCGUCGAUGCCCACUACAGGGCUCACCAAGAAAUCAUCUCCCGGCAAACAGAGCACAUCCGCAAAAUCCAAAGAGAAACCCAUGAAGCGCAAAAGCAAGGAAGAAAAGCUAAAUCAGCUCUUCGGUGAGCCUCCCGUGGAUGUUCCGUUCCGCGAACGACCCCAGCAGAAAUCCGUAGUCAUAACGUACAUCCUGUGGCUGUUUGGAGGUUUCUUCGGUCUUCAUCAUCUAUAUCUGCACCAAGACCGACGGGCAUUCGUGUGGUGGUGUACGUUGGGAGGGUACUUCGGUAUAGGAUGGCUCUCGGAGAUCUACCAGAUACCGGCGAUGGUGCGGGAUGCCAAUGAGGAUCCACAGUUCGUUGAAGAGUUCCGGGAGAAGCUGCGACAGAAUAAGAAACCUCCGUUUCAGACGCCACGCUUCCUGAUGGGCAUCAUGGUGGGCUUCUUGUUCGGGCAGGUCAUCAUGAUCUCGAUACCACAGGAGGUAUUUGCCGGGGUGGAUUGGACCUUCCUGCAUUGGCUGAUUCCAUUGGGUGUGGCAAUUGGUGUAUGGACGGUUGGUAACAUGGGUCGCGAGAAGGGAGUGUUCUGGCACUGUCUGGUAGGUGCUUACGUUUCUUAUCCGUUGCGAUAUUUCGUGCUCGAUGAAGCGUACUGGUUCACGGCAAUGGCCUCUUGUUCGGCGUUUGCUUUCGAUUACCUCUCCAAGGAAUGGGAUUUGACCGUUCCGAAGCGCGAGAAACCCUUGAAACGAGCCACCAUCAUCAUCCCUUGCGUGCUUCUGUACCUGUCCCUGUGGGGAUGCUUCUUCUACUUCAAUGGAACGAUCACCGAUUCCGAUGGGGACGAAGUUCCGGUUCACGAAGCGAUACACAACUUCAUCAAGUCUCCAUGGUGGACCGAUUUGAAGCAGACCAUUUCGGACACGAUACAAUUUGCCCAGCAUAACGGGUGGGCAGAGGUGUGGAAACAGAUCAUAGAUUCCAUGGACGCUGAUGGGGAGCAAAAUGCGUACAAGAUACUGGGAGUGAGUCCUACGGCUUCACAGACCGAAAUCACGUCGGUGUGGAGAAAGCUGUCCCGUGAGAAUCAUCCCGAUAAGGUGAAAGAGGAAAGCCAACGCCGGAAUGCCCAGGAAAAGUUUAUGGAAAUUCAGCAAGCGUACGAAAUUCUGAGUAAGAUCAAAUCCAAGAGACGACAACGGAACAAGAAGUCUAAUGAAGAUCUUUAGGAUAAUUGAUAUUACAAUCAUCUCAUGUCAUGCUUUUAAAUUAUUUUUGCACUGAAUUGAUUUCCAAUCCAAGCUGUAAAUAUUUAUUGAUAUUCGAAUAAAAAACUCCAAACUUCUAUAGCUUUAAAAUGACAAAAU